AUUGAAGUAGGAAAUGAAAAAAACAUUUUGGAGGACAGACUUAAGUUUGACUCAACAAAUGCAGCUUCAUUGUAAAAAUGAAGAAAGCAUUUCGAGUAUUGACUUUUAUUUUUAAUUAUGAGACAGAAAUGCUUCCAUAGGUGAGGACCGUCGAUUAGGAAAGUCAGUUUAUUAAGAAACUGCUGCCCUCUGCUGGUAAAGGUGGGAAUUGUUGCUUGCUCUAUGACAAUAAAAAAAAAAGCAGGUAAAAGGCAAAGGUCAUUUUGUCACCUCUGAACAGAACUCAGACGCCAUCAGAAGGAGGAAGACGUGGACAAAAACCCUGUUAGACGAACUGAAAUCUCAGUCAGAAGGACAGAACUGGUGAGUUUCACCAUCCAAUCAAACGAUCGCAGAAAAUGGCUGAGAGAGCAGCUCUUGUUGAACAUUACCUGAGCUGUCACAUCUGUUCAGAGACUUUUAAAGAUCCCGUAACUCUGAGCUGCAACCACAACUUCUGCUCGAGCUGCCUGCAGAAGUUCUGGGAACAAGCUCAGAGAAAAAACUGUCCCAUCUGUAAGAGAAAAUCCUCCAAAGCUCAUCCACCUGUGAACUUUAGCCUGAAGGAACUUGCUGACUCGUUUGCUGGAAGACGGAAAUCUGGAUCCUCAUCAGGGGCAGAAGAGCAGAAGGUCCUGGUGGUCUGUGAGAAACACCAAGAAGAACCCAAACUGUUCUGCAAAGACGAGCAGAGAGCUGUGUGUCCCGUCUGUGAGUUUUCUCUGCACCAGAGUCACACAGUGGUUCCUGUGGAGGAAGCAGUCCGAGCGCUGAAGGAGGAGCUGGAAUCAGACAUGAAGUCUCUGACGGACAGGAAGGACCAAUGCAGACGAGUGGAGGAGACGUUCCAACGUGUGAUGCGGCACUUUGAGAAGCAGCUGCUGUCCACGGAGACGCAGAUCAGAGCCCAGUUCAACAAGCUCCACCAGUUCCUGGAGGAGGAAGAGGAGUCCAGGGUGGCAGCUCUGAGGGAGGAAGAGGAGCAGAAGAGGAAGACCAUGAUGGGAGAGAUGAAGAGGAUCCAGGAGCAGAUGUCCUCUCUGUCAGAAAGUAUCAGUGCUGUUGAAGCAGAGCUGCAGAAAGACAAGGAGGCCUUCCUCAGCAGCUAUAAAGCCGCUCAGAGCAGAGCCAGAGUCCAGAGCUCGCUGCCAGAACCUCAGCCGCCCUCAGGAGCUCUGCUAGACGUGGCCAAACAUGUGGGCAACCUGUCCUUCAGAGUCUGGGAGAAGAUGAAGGAGAAGGUCCACUUCAGCCCGGUCCUGCUGGACCCAAACACCGCACACGGAAAGCUUUUUCUGUCUGCUGAUCUGACCGCUGUGAGAUUUGGGGAAACUCCUCAGCAGCUUCCAGACAAUCCAGAGAGACGCACCGAAUAUCCCGACGUCUUCGGCUCCAAAGGCUUCACCUCCGGCAGACACGGCUGGGAGGUGGAGGUGGGAGACCACCCGGACUGGAUUAUCGGUGUGGCCAAAGAGUCCGUCAACAGGAAGGGAAAGUUAUUCGCCUCACCGGAAUAUGGGAUCUGGUGUUUGUCCCACCGGAAUGGAAAAUACACCAGCGGCGACGGUAAGACCGUGACCACCAAGAAGAGUCUCCGGAGGGUCAGAGUCCAGCUGAACUACGAAAAAGGAAAAGUGACCUUCUCCAACGCUGAAGACAUGGCGGACGUCUACACUCACAGAGACACGUUCACCGAGAAACUUUUCCCGUAUUUCUUUGUUGGAAAAUCUGGAGCUGCGAAAACGUCUAAACUCCAGAUCUGUCCGACGCCGAUUCCUCAGUGAUGUCACAGUAAGUGCAGGUUUCUGGAGCGUCUGCACCUCCGACGUCUGUUCUGACAUUCCUGCAAAGGACUGAGGAAUAAAAUGGGUUUCAGUAUAAAUAUGUGUAGUAAAAUAAAUGUAGAACAAAAAUUAUAUUAACCCUGAAGACGCAAGAACAUUUUAUUUAUAAAGGUUCAUUU